AUGGCGAGGACCCACAAGACAGCCCUUAUCAAGCAGCAAAUGGCUGCUGAAGCAGCAGCUAGAGAGGCGGCGAAUGCAGCCGCAGCUGCAGACAGCGCUGAUGGUAAAGCCGCCUCUGGCAAGGCUGCCCACCGUGAAGCCGUACACUCCGCUAGAACAAGGUCCGAGAAAGCAGAUGCUAUUCAACGAGCGAGGAACGGCUGUGUUGAAACGGAAGCGGAGGAAGACACCGAGCUGGAGGAGAAGCCAGCAGCUACCAGCGUGGUGAUCGACACUAGUGAGGCCAGUGAGGGAGGGGAAGAGCAUGAAGAAGUGAGCACAGGUGCCGAAGACGACGGCGCUGACGCUGAGUUGGAGUCCGACGGUGGGAGCAGUAGCUCUGUUGGGCGCAAGAGAAAGCAACGCCCUACCCUACACGUCGACGAAGACAUGGCCACGGUACCGCCCUUCACGGAGAGACACAGAUCAUGGGCGGAGUUUACGCAGGCCUUCGAUGUAUACAAGGCUGCUACGAAUCAAGUGCUGGUCGUGAAAGAGGUGAUAAACGUUGCCAGACGCAACAAGUCUCUCCGUAACCAAGUGCAGUACCAAGGCCUACCCGACGACGAAAUUCCUUUGGUCCCAACGACUUUGGACCCAUACCAGCGCAAGUACAUAUAUUGCCCCUUUCAGCUCAUAGCUCAGUGGACAGAGUCGGCGGAUGAAUCGUGGGUGAUCGUCCCCAAACGUGCAGUGUACACGCACAACCACCAGGUUUCAACAGGUAUUUAUCAGCAAUACCCAGGUAUUCGCCAGGCGCAAGCAGGACCCUCGAGUAUUUACGAGUACAUUCGUGAGAACUCAGAUCACCACGUUACGAUGCAAGAUGUUCGUAAUCUUGUCGCUCGUCUAAGGAAUUCCGGUGCUGAGCUUUCAGAUGACGAUGCGGUGGCCGAAAGGAUUGUCAACUUCAAUGUGGAGUCUCCGAUGAAUGUGUCUUCUGUACAUGAGAGUGCUCGCGGCAACACUGGUGUAAUAUCGAUUACGACAGGCCACAUGCGCGCUAUGGUGGAGAGUUUCCCUGAGGUGCUUCAAAUGGACUGCACUCACAAAACGAACAAAUACAACUAUCAGCUCUUAUCGAUGGUGGCGAUGGAUCAGCCCGUUCAAUACUCGUGA